AUGUCGGAAGCGAACGGCUCACUGUCAAAAUGCAAAGUUCCCUCUACGGAAGGACGUGAUCCAGCUUAUUUUUCGUAUUAUGCCAUGCUACAGCAUCAGCAAAAUAUGCUUCAAGACUCUGUACGCACUUCCACUUAUCGUUCGGCUAUUCUUCUCAAUGGUCCGUUGUGUUUUCUCGGCAAAUUGGUACUGGACGUUGGGGCCGGUUCGGGAAUCUUGUCGUACUUCGCGGUUCAAGCGGGCGCGGAAAAGGUGUAUGCUGUUGAGGCUUCACAAAUGGCAGGGAAAAUGCGGAAAAUCGUCGAGGCUGCAAAUAUAACCGAGUCGAACGGCCCAAUUAGGAAUGCUUUUCUAAAGGACAAGAUCGAAGUCAUCCAAGCUAAAAUCGAGGAUCCAGAUCUUCCCAUUCCCAAAGUGGAUACCAUCAUUUCUGAACCGAUUGGAGUUCUUUUGAUUCACGAGAGAAUGCUCGAGAGUUAUAUUUUCGCCCGAGACAAAUACCUAAAGCCCGGAGGUACGCUCUUUCCUUCGAUGGGAUCUAUAUAUCUCGCCCCUUUUACGGAUGCCACUUUAUGGAGCGAGACAAAGGGGAAAGCUCGAUUCUGGGAACAAAGCACAUUUUACGGGGUAGAUCUUUCGGCUUUGUACGACGAUGCUAAAGAUGAAAUGUUUGGUAUGCCCGUGGUCGGAAAUUUUGAUCCGCAUACUCUGAUCGCACCCGCGGAUCCCUUAGGAUACGUGGUCGACUUUAAUAGUGUAACGUUGGAACAACUUCAAGACAUGACCAUACCUUUCAGUUGGCAGGCGUCCUAUACUGGAAUUAUUCACGGAAUAGCUGGCUGGUUCGACUUGCACUUCUCACCAUCACAAGCGGGUCUCAAUGGGAGCACGAUCACAAUGUCUACUAGUCCCGCGGCGGAACGUACCCAUUGGCAGCAAGUCAGAUUCUUGUUGAAGGAGCCUUUGGCGGUAAACGCCGGUCAAUUGAUUCAGGGAUGGAUGAGGUGCAUAGUGAAUGAGAUGAGGUCAUACACAAUAGAAGUUGAAAUAUUGGUCGGAGAAGGUCAACUAUCUGAUCCAUUGAGCGCAUCAUCCUCAAUAUUUAAUAUGGACUUUAAUCGUCGGAGAGGUAAAUGGAGAUUGCACGAACAAACUUAUAAUUACAAUUAUUAUCCACAACCGGAUAAUGUGUUCAGACCUGAAUACAAUUGCCUUUAUGAGCCCGAACAGCCCUUGGAUGUCACGGUAGAUAUGGAAAAUAACUUCGUCAACGAAAACCAAUUUAUCCUCUGA